UUGUGGUCCUUGUUCUUGUCCCGGGAAGAUGAGCGACGGAGACAAGAACCCGGCCAGCGUGGCGACGCCGGCGGAGGACCUGCAAGGGGACGGGCGGUGGAUGUCCCUGCACCACCGCUUCCUCGCGGACAGCAAGGACAAGGAGCCCGAGGUGGUCUUCGUGGGGGACUCGCUGGUCCAGCUGCUCCACCAGUGCGAGGUGUGGCGCGAGCUCUUCUCCCCUUUGCACGCGCUCAACUUCGGGAUCGGGGGCGACGCCACGCAGCACGUCCUCUGGCGCCUCCAGGCCGGGGAGCUCCAGCACAUUCGCCCCAAGAUCGUGGUGGUCUGGGUGGGCACCAACAACCAUGGCCACACAGCGGAGCAGGUGGCCGGAGGCAUUGAAGCCAUUGUGCGCCUGGUGCGCCAGCAGCAGCCUCAGGCCAAGGUGGUGGUCCUGGGCCUGCUUCCACGGGGCAAGAACCCCAACCCUUUGAGGGAGAAGAACCGGCGGGUGAACGAGCUACUGAGCCAGAAGGUGCCGCUCCUGCCGGGGGCCUUCUUCCUGGACGCCGACCCGGGCUUCGUGCAUUCGGACGGGACCAUCAGCCACCACGACAUGUACGACUACCUGCACCUGACGCGCCUCGGCUACGGGCGCCUCUGCCCCGGCCUCCACCGCCUCCUGCGGAGCCUCCUCCUGGGGCGGGAGGGGCACGACCCCUGACCUCUUGACCCCAAGCGCCCCCCUCCAGCCAGUACCCUCCCCCCCCACCCCGUUGUCAAAGGGGUUCAAGAAGGUGAAAGGGACCAGCUACUCUUAUGAUCUAAUAAAGCCAGUAUGUGAACCUGUG